AUGCAAUCGAAGCUUCACGUCGAUUUACGUUGCUUUCAGAUCGAGGCGACCGCGGCUACGACGGCAGUAGCGGGCAGCCCGCUUUCCUGGCAUAUCCCAAGGCCGUCCUUGGUGGGACGAAGCGAGAGGGACAGCGAAAAUGGUAGCUGGGCUCAUCAUCUGCACCCGAACUCACCAUCCAGAGGAUCAACCUCGUCGCAAGGAUCCACUGCCAAGCGCCGCGUCGGGCACGUUACUCCUGACAGCUGCAAACCUAGCCAAUCUUGCAGCGAUUCAUCCGCCCACGGUGACGGCGCAGAAACAAAUGGAUACCGCAUCGGUGGCGAGCAGUACUCACUUCACUGUGGUGAACGGCCUAGGCAGACCAACAACCGUUUACAGGAAGUCCUGCUGCGCGAGAAAUCAGCUUACUGUGCUCGUCUGCACGAUGAGCUUCCUAUUCAUGAUCGGUCUGCUUCUCGGGAUUCUCUACAUGGAAAUGAGAAUUCGCGACAAGUACCACUAGGCCCGAUGGAAAUUGUUAAAUCGAAUAAUCGUGGAUCAAAUUGGACCAACGACGAGACAGAAGAGUGCAAACUACGAGAUGAAUGAUAUCAGGGAUGAAUUAAUGUUUGCGAAGCGUUUAAUGUUUAAGAUUUUCUCCAUCACGAUCGAUGGAAUUAUUCGUAUUUAUAAUGUACUUACAUGUAUAUUAUCAUUUAGAGUGUUAGGACGACUCCAUUAGACGUUCUCGGUCAGAGAUAAUGUUUCAAAGGCUGUAUUGCACCGCGUUUCACGUGUGGCACGUGAAAAUUCAGUAAUUACAUUCACGUAAUAAGCUAGCUUUAGUUAAGGUCCUAAUAGAUAGCACGAACGCGAUCCUAACUCCUAAAAUCGAGUCACUCAAUUACCUAGAAACAAAUAGAAGAAAAGGCCGAUCCGCUCAAUUGCAGAUCCUUCAAAAUUCGCUCAACUGUAGGAUCUUUCUACUUAUCGUUUCAUAAUUAAAGUCAGACGACGAUAUAUUAAAAUAAAAUGUACGAGUCAUCAUUUCACUGAACCGUUAAUUUAAAUCGAGUUUAAAUUCAAAUAAUCAUGGAGUAUCAAUUUUUAACUGAAAUUUAAUUUAAAUUAAAUCGAAUAACGCGACAAGAUUGUAAAACGAAAACAUGGUAAACACAAUUAUUUCUUCAACUAAUAUUGACGAACAGUUCGGAGUAAGUAAUCGACGAAAUGGGAGUAAGUUAAGCGAACACGUAUUAAUUUUUAGGGGUCGUUAUUUAAUUAUUACUAACAAAAAGAACGCUUGAAUCAAACCUGGAUUCCGAGUGCCAGGGUGUCGUGUUCCAGGGAAUGUAAGAAAAAGCAACGAGCAGUGAUCGUGUCAAUCGCUGACUCGCAACUGUGAUAUUAUUUGCGUAUUAAUUAAUCGUCGAUUCAACAAGAAACUGUCGAACUAUGAAGAAAAUCAGGAUGUGUUUUAUUU